UUCUCCCGCCAGGCCUAGCCUACUCCCGCGCACUCCUGGGCCCGCCCAGCCGCCAUCUUGGUCUAGGAGGGAGCGCGCCGCACGCGUGAGUAAACAGCCGGAGCCGGGAAAGUCGAGCUCUGGCAGCGUCUGGGUGCUGAGGGGCAGAGGCGGAGAGAACCCUGUCCUGAUCUUCCUAGGGUGGCCGACAUGACGGCCAGGGGUCAGAGCCCCCUCGCGCCGCUGUUGGAGACUUUGGAAGACCCUUCUGCCUCCCAUGGAGGGCAGACUGACGCUUACCUGACUCUGACCAGUCGUAUGACUGGAGAAGAAGGAAAAGAAGUAAUUACAGAAAUUGAGAAAAAACUUCCUCGGCUGUACAAAGUUUUAAAGACUCACAUUUCCAGUCAAAACUCGGAGCUGAGUAGUGCUGCUCUACAAGCACUGGGGUUUUGCUUAUAUAAUCCCAAAAUUACCUCAGAAUUAUCAGAGGCAAAUGCUCUAGAAUUGCUUUCAAAAUUGAAUGAUACCAUUAAGAAUUCAGACAAAAAUGUACGUACUAGAGCACUUUGGGUGAUAUCUAAGCAGACAUUUCCCUCUGAAGUGGUUGGCAAAAUGGUAUCCAGUAUAAUUGAUUCAUUAGAAAUACUGUUUAACAAAGGAGAGACGCGUUCUGCUGUUGUUGAUUUUGAAGCAUUAAAUGUUAUCGUAAGGCUAAUUGAACAAGCCCCAAUUCAAAUGGGAGAAGAGGCAGUGAGGUGGGCAAAACUGGUCAUACCUUUAGUGGUUCAUUCAGCACAAAAGGUACAUUUGCGGGGAGCAACUGCUCUGGAGAUGGGAAUGCCAUUAUUGCUUCAGAAACAGCAAGAAAUAGCAUCUAUUACGGAGCAGCUUAUGACUACUAAAUUAAUCUCAGAACUUCAGAAGCUAUUUAUGAGUAAAAAUGAGACUUACGUGUUAAAAUUAUGGCCUUUGUUUGUCAAACUACUUGGAAGGACCUUGCAUCGAAGUGGGAGUUUCAUCAAUUCUCUCUUGCAACUAGAAGAACUUGGAUUUCGUAGUGGAGCACCCAUGAUUAAAAAGAUAGCUUUUAUUGCUUGGAAGAGUUUAAUAGAUAAUUUUGCUUUAAAUCCAGAUAUACUAUGUAGUGCAAAAAGACUCAAGUUGUUAAUGCAGCCUUUGAGUUCCAUCCAUGUGAGAACAGAAACUCUAGCAUUAACAAAACUAGAAGUCUGGUGGUAUUUACUGAUGAGACUUGGACCUCAUCUUCCUGCUAAUUUUGAACAGGUUUGUGUGCCUCUGAUUCAAAGUACAAUAAGCAUUGAUUCUAAUGCCUCACCUCAGGGCAAUUCGUGUCAUGUAGCUACAUCUCCAGGUUUAAAUCCUAUGACUCCUGUACACAAAGGUGCUUCCUCCCCGUACGGAGCCCCGGGAACUCCCCGAAUGAACCUGAGUUCGAAUUUAGGUGGAAUGGCCACAAUCCCAUCCAUUCAACUUUUGGGACUUGAAAUGUUGCUUCAUUUCUUGUUGGGUCCGGAAGCCUUGAGUUUUGCUAAGCAAAAUAAACUUGUGCUGAGCUUAGAGCCACUGGAACAUCCGUUAAUCAGCAGCCCUUCCUUUUUUUCCAAACAUGCAAAUACACUUAUCACUGCUGUUCAUGAUAGCUUUGUUGCAGUUGGAAAAGAUGCCCCCGAUGUGGUUGUCAGUGCUAUCUGGAAGGAGCUAAUUAGCUUGGUGAAGUCAGUUACUGAAUCAGGUAACAAAAAAGAGAAACCAGGUUCUGAAGUUUUGACUCUCUUAUUAAAGUCUUUGGAAAGCAUAGUAAAGUCUGAAGUAUUUCCUGUAUCAAAAACGCUGGUCCUCAUGGAAAUUACAAUUAAAGGACUUCCUCAGAAAGUAUUAGGUUCACCAGCAUAUCAGGUUGCUAAUAUGGAUAUUCUUAAUGGUACUCCAGCUUUGUUCUUAAUUCAAUUAAUUUUCAACAAUUUUUUGGAAUGUGGUGUAUCAGAUGAAAGGUUCUUUCUCAGUUUGGAAUCACUUGUAGGCUGUGUUCUUUCUGGUCCAACUUCACCACUAGCUUUCAGUGACUCAGUUUUAAAUGUUAUUAAUCAAAAUGCAAAGCAGUUGGAAAAUAAGGAGCAUCUCUGGAAAAUGUGGAGUGUUAUAGUCACCCCAUUAACUGAAUUGAUUAAUCAGACCAAUGAAGUAAAUCAAGGUGAUGCCUUAGAACAUAAUUUUAGUGCCAUCUAUGGUGCAUUGACUUUACCAGUAAACCACAUUUUUUCAGAACAGAGAUUUCCAGUGGCCACCAUGAAGACUUUGCUUAGAACUUGGUCAGAAUUAUAUAGAGCAUUUGCUCGUUGUGCUGCUUUGGUGGCAACAGCAGAAGAGAACUUGUGCUGUGAGGAACUUUCUUCCAAGAUAAUGUCCAGUUUGGAAGAUGAAGGCUUUUCUAAUUUGUUGUUCGUGGAUAGAAUUAUUUAUAUUAUUACUGUAAUGGUUGAUUGCAUUGACUUCUCACCAUAUAAUAUUAAAUAUCAGCCCAAAGUUAAAUCACCACAGAGACCUUCAGAUUGGUCCAAAAAGAAGAAUGAGCCCCUAGGGAAAUUGACUUCUUUAUUUAAACUUAUUGUGAAAGUGAUCUAUUCUUUCCACGCACUGAGCUUCAAGGAAGCACAUUCCGAUACCCUCUUCACUAUUGGCAACUCAAUCACCAGCAUUAUUUCCAGUGUACUUGGACAUAUUUCUUUGCCUUCUAUGAUCCGAAAAAUAUUUGCAACUUUAACAAGACCUCUGGCAUUAUUUUAUGAAAACUCAAAGCUUGAUGAAGUUCCUAAAGUAUAUAGUUCUCUGAACAACAAGUUAGAAAAGCUACUGGGAGAAAUUAUUGCUUGUCUGCAAUUCAGCUACACCGGAACUUAUGAUAGUGAACUUCUUGAACAACUCUCCCCACUAUUAUGCAUAAUAUUUCUGCACAAGAAUAAACAGAUUCGAAAACAGAGUGCUCAGUUCUGGAAUGCCACUUUUGCUAAAGUGAUGAUGUUGGUUUAUCCUGAAGAGUUAAAACCAGUACUAACACAAGCCAAACAAAAAUUUCUGCUCCUGUUGCCUGGUUUGGAAACUGUUGAAAUGAUGGAGGAAUCCAGUGGACCAUAUUCUGAUGGAACAGAAAAUUCACAACUAAAUGUGAAGAUAAGUGGCAUGGAGAGAAAAUCAAAUGGAAAAAGAGAUUCAUUUUUGGCACAAACAAAGAAUAAAAAAGAAAAUAUGAAACCAGCAGCCAAACUGAAACUUGAAUCUUCAUCUUUAAAAGUAAAGGGUGAAAUUCUUUUGGAAGAGGAAAAGUCUACUGACUUUGUGUUUAUACCUCCAGAAGGAAAAGAUGCAAAGGAAAGAAUAUUAACUGAUCAUCAAAAAGAAGUUCUCAAAACAAAGCGGUGUGAUAUUCCUGCCAUGUAUAAUAAUCUGGAUGUUUCCCAAGAUACCUUAUUUACUCAGUAUAGUCAGGAAGAGCCUAUGGAAAUUCCUACUUUAACCAGAAAACCAAAGGAGGAUUCUAAGAUGAUGAUUACGGAGGAGCAAAUGGACAGUGACAUUGUCAUUCCUCAAGAUGUCACGGAAGACUGUGGUAUGGCUGAACAUCUUGAAAAGGCCUCCCUUUCGAAUAAUGAGUGUGGUUCUCUUGACAAAACCAGUCCAGAAAUGUCGAACAGUAAUAAUGAUGAAAGAAAAAAAGCUUUAAUUUCAUCAAGGAAAACAUCAACUGAAUGUGCAUCUAGUACAGAAAAUUCUUUCGUUGUCAGCAGUAGUUCAGUUUCUAAUACCACUGUUGCUGGAACUCCCCCAUACCCUACAAGUCGGAGGCAAACCUUUAUUACUUUGGAGAAGUUUGAUGGUUCAGAAAAUAGACCUUUUAGUCCAUCCCCCUUGAAUAAUAUUUCAUCAACUGUUACAGUGAAAAAUAACCAGGAAACGAUGAUUAAAACAGAUUUUCUACCAAAAGCAAAGCAAAGAGAAGGGACUUUUUCAAAAUCUGAUUCUGAAAAAGUAGUGAAUGGAACUAAGAGAUCAAGCCGGAGAGCUGGUAAAGCUGAACAAACAGGGAAUAAAAGGUCUAAGCCCUUAAUGAGAUCUGAGCCGGAGAAAAAUACUGAGGAAUCUGUUGAAGGCAUUGUAGUCUUAGAAAAUAACCCACCUGGUUUGCUUAAUCAAACAGAAUGUGUGUCAGAUAAUCAGGUUCAUCUUUCUGAAUCUACAAUGGAGCAUGACAAUACAAAGCUUAAAGCAGCAACAAUGGAAAAUGCUGUAUUAUUGGAAACUAAUACUGUAGAGGAGAAAAAUGUAGAAAUUAAUUUGGAAUCCAAAGAGAAUACACCCCCAGUAGUAAUAUCAGCAGAUCAAAUGGUAAAUGAGGAUAGUCAGGUUCAGAUAACUCCAAAUCAGAAAACCCUUAGACGGUCUUCAAGGCGACGUUCAGAAGUGGUAGAGUCUACCACUGAAAGCCAAGAUAAGGAAAAUAAUCAUCAAAAAAAGGAACGACGUAAGGAAGAAGAAAAACCUCUUCAGAAGAGUCCAUUGCAUAUAAAAGAUGAUGUGUUACCUAAACAAAAACUGAUUGCUGAACUAACUCUACAGGAGAAUUUAAUUGAGAAAGGAAGUAAUUUACAUGAGAAGACUCUUGGGGAAACUAGUGCUAAUGCAGAAACUGAACAAAAUAAAAAAAAGGCAGACCCUGAGAACAUUAAGUCUGAGGGGGAUGGUACCCAGGACAUUGUAGAUAAGUCCUCUGAGAAACUAGUCAGAGGCCGAACACGGUAUCAAACUAGAAGAGCAUCUCAGGGUUUGCUUUCCAGCAUUGAAAACUCAGAAUCUGAUAGUUCGGAGGCAAAAGAAGAAGGUUCUAGGAAGAAGAGAUCUGGAAAAUGGAAAAACAAAAGCAAUGAAAGUGUUGACAUUCAAGAUCAAGAAGAGAAAGUGGUGAAACAGGAAUGUAUAAAAGCUGAAAAUCAGUCACAUGAUUAUAAAGCAAGUUCUGAAGAAGAUGUAAGCAUAAAAUCUCCGAUUUGUGAAAAACAAGAUGAAAGUAGUACUGUAAUAUGUCAGGAUUCUACAGUAACUUCAGAUUUGUUGCAAGUUCCUGAUGAUUUACCAAAUGUGUGUGAGGAAAAAAAUGAAACUAGCAAAUAUGCAGAAUAUUCCUUUACAAGUCUACCUGUGCCAGAAUCAAAUCUAAGGACUAGAAAUGCCAUUAAGAGAUUACAUAAGCGAGACUCUUUUGAUAAUUGUAGUUUGGGAGAAUCCUCAAAAAUAGGGAUAUCAGAUAUUUCUUUGCUUUCAGAAAAAACUUUUCAAACACUUGAAUGCCAACACAAGAGAAGUAGGAGGGUGAGGAGAUCUAAAGGUUGUGAUUGCUGUGGGGAAAAAUCACAACCUCAGGAAAAGUCACUCAUUGGGUUAAAGAAUACAGAAAAUAAUGACGUAGAAAUUAGUGAAACAAAAAAGGCAGAUGUGCAAGCACCUGUAAGCCCAUCAGAAACUUCUCAAGCUAAUCCAUAUUCUGAAGGACAAUUUUUAGAUGAACAUCAUAGUGUGAAUUUUCAUUUGGGUCUCAAAGAGGAUAAUGAUACUAUUAAUGAUUCAUUAAUUGUUUCUGAAACCAAAUCAAAAGAAAACACUAUGCAAGAAUCUCUUCCUUCUGGAAUAGUAAACUUUAGAGAGGAAAUUUGUGAUAUGGAUUCUAGUGAAGCAAUGUCUCUUGAAAGCCAAGAGUCACCUAAUGAAAAUUUUAAAACUGUUGGCCCGUGUUUAGGAGACUCGAAAAAUGUUUCACAGGAAUCUUUGGAGACAAAAGAAGGAAAACCAGAAGAAACCCCAAAAAUGGAACUGAGUCUAGAGAAUGUUGCUGUUGAAGGAAAUGCAUGUAAAGUAACAGAAUCCAAUCUAGAGAAAGCAAAAACUAUGGAAUUGGAUGUAGGAAAUGAAGCUAGCUUCCAUGGACAAGAGAGAACCAAAACUGGUAUUUCUGAAGAAGCAGCAAUAGAAGAAAAUUAUAAAAUAAAUGAUGACUCUGAAGCAGACACAGCUAAACUGAAUGCCAAAGAAGUAGCAACUGAGGAAUUUAAUUCAGAUAUUAGUCUUUCUGAUAAUACUACACCUGUAAAAUUGAAUGCUCAAACUGAGAUUUCUGAACAAACAGCAGCUGGGGAACUAGAUGGAGGAAAUGAUGUAUCUGAUCUACACUCAUCUGAAGAAACGAAUACCAAAAUGAAAAAUUAUGAAGAAAUGAUGAUCGGUGAGGCAAUGGCUGAAACUGGCCAUGAUGGUGAAACAGAGAAUGAGGGCAUAACUACCAAAACCUCAAAGCCUGAUGAAGCUGAAACAAACAUGUUGACUGCAGAAAUGGACAACUUUGUUUGUGACACAGUUGAAAUGAGCACUGAAGAAGGAAUCAUUGACGCUAAUAAAACUGAAACAAAUACUGAGUAUAGUAAAUCUGAAGAAAAAUUAGAUAACAAUCAAAUGGUAAUGGAAAGUGAUAUUUUACAGGAAGAUUACCAUACUUCACAGAAAGUAGAGGAACCAUCACAGUGUCUGGCAUCUGGAACAGCUAUCUCUGAACUAAUAAUAGAAGACAAUAAUGCAUCUCCUCAAAAACUAAGGGAACUUGAUCCUUCACUUGUGUCAGCAAAUGACAGUCCUAGUGGCAUGCAGACACGCUGUGUCUGGUCUCCUUUGGCUUCUCCGUCUACGAGCAUUUUAAAGAGAGGACUAAAAAGAUCCCAAGAAGAUGAAAUCUCAUCACCUGUUAAUAAGGUUCGCCGUGUCUCCUUUGCAGAUCCAAUAUACCAAGCAGGAUUGGCAGAUGACAUUGAUAGACGGUGCUCUAUUGUUAGGUCUCAUUCUUCCAAUAGUUCUCCCAUAGGAAAAAGUGUUAAAACUUCUCCUACUACACAAUCUAAGCAUAAUACCACUUCAGCCAAAGGAUUUCUGUCCCCAGGAUCACGUAGCCCUAAAUUUAAGAGCUCAAAGAAGUGUUUAAUUUCAGAAAUGGCCAAAGAAUCCAUACCAUGCCCAACAGAAAGUGUUUACCCACCAUUGGUGAACUGUGUGGCACCAGUUGACAUCAUUUUACCUCAGAUUACAUCAAACAUGUGGAUGAAGUUUACAAAGAUUACCAGCAAAACCACACAGCUGUUAAGUCAUCACAUGGCAAGAGGCCUGGGACAACUCAUUAGAGCUAAGAAUAUAAAAACUAUUGGUGAUUUGAGUACUCUUACAGCAUCUGAAAUAAAAACUCUUCCUAUCCGUUCUCCAAAAGUGUCCAAUGUAAAAAAGGCUCUCAGAAUAUAUCAUGAGCAGCAGGUGAAGACUCGUGGACUAGAAGAGAUUCCAGUUUUUGAUAUUUCUGAAAAAACAGUAAAUGGAAUAGAAAAUAAAUCUUUGUCACCUGAUGAAGAAAGACUUGUCUCAGAUAUAAUUGAUCCUGUUGCUUUAGAAACUCCAUUAUCCAAAAACCUUGUGGCACAGAUUAGUGCUCUUGCUCUUCAGCUGGAUUCAGAAGAUCUUCAUAAUUAUUCAGGAAGCCAACUAUUUGAAAUGCACGAGAAACUAAGUUGUAUGGCAAACUCUGUAAUAAAAAAUCUACAGUCACGUUGGAGAUCACCAUCCCAUGAAAAUUCUAUUUAGUAUUUUCAGAGAAAAUUGAAGGUUUUUUUAAACAUCACUGGAUUUCUUGAUUGAGGAAACAACUUCUGAAAUAAUAGCACAAUUUCAAAGAAGAGACUCUUUGCAAAGUUGAUAACAUUUCAAACCCUGAAGGACAGUGACUUAUUAUGUAAGUUCAAUUUUGUAAGUUCAUUAUGUAAGAUCUUUUUUUUUUUCAUAUAAUGUAUUCUUGGCUGCUAUGCGUGGUUUUUCAGGAAAUUUAAUUAUCUUACUGAGAUGUGAAAGCAAAACUAGUAACAGAACUUACAUUUUAUUUCAUGCUUUCUUAAACCCGUGCAUAUUCUGGUGAAACAUGUAAAAUACUUUAAGUAAAAUUGAACAUUUUUAUUUGAAUUUUUGCUGAACUGAUAAAGGUGUUUAUACUUUUGUUUGUUUGUUUGUUUAAUUCAUGUUUGUUGGGACUGAGGUUUAGGAAGUUUGUUACUGGUUAAAAACCUCAAAUGAAAUGCGAAAGAAUUGGAACUUUUCCUGCAUAUGUCAACUUUGGACAGCUUUCAAGAAAAAUGAGAAAAGUUUCAACUUCUGGGGGUUAAAAUAUUAAUGCAGAAUUUACUAAGAUUUUAUUCAUUUGCAUUAGCAAAUAUACAUGCAGCAGCAGUUGACUGAAAAUUUAUUCUUAUGAGACAUAUAGUAUUCAUUUUUAAAUGCAUGAUUGUACAUUAUGUAUAGACGACAAUGUUUUUAAUUUAUAAAUUUCAUUCUUUGUUAAUUGCAUGGGUUUUUCUGCAGCUUAUUGUGAAUACCUUGGUUCUGUUCAAUAGAAACAUUUUGUAUAUAUUAAAUACUGAAAUAUCAGUAUUGACGGUGGAAGUGCUUCAUGGGCUUGCUGCACAUAUUUGUAGGAUACUGUAUCUGCAAAUGCAACAACAAAUAGUUUUGUACUUGGUUAACAGUCUUAGUUAAAACAUGAGUUUAUUUUCUAAAAGUAUCCAGAAUAAGUAAAAUUAUAGAAAUAAGAAAAUGUUACACAACUUUGCUGUUCAUACCCUUACCUUCUUACUACUUCCGGUUUGGAGGAGGGUAUCGCCACUAGAAAGUGUGCCUCCUUAAGAUUUCUUAAAGGAAAGUUAGUUUCAGUAUUUCACAGCAAGUUGGACUACAAAAUCUAGAGUUGAUCUGCUUUUUAAACCUUCAUUUAAAAGCAAACUUGGAAGAAAUUUGAAACUGAUGUUUUUAAUAUAUGUCUGUGUUGCCUAGGUUUUCUUUUUUUAAAGAGGUAUGUAAUUAAAACCUUUGUAAAUUAUGCCAACUAAUAUUAGUGCCUGACUUCCCAUAUUUGUUUCAUCUUUUUAACUGACAAUAUAUCUCACUUGUUCUUUGAAUAGAAUGAGUGAGUGAUCUCAGUUUUCACAUUUUAUUCAGAAGCUAAUCCCUACUUAGCAAGGCACACGUUCUACAGCAAGUCAUAGAAAGUUUAAUCCUUGUGCCUACUUAGCUCUCGUAUAUUCAGGGAUCUCUAUAAAAGUUGGUGUCUUUUUUCAUCAUCAUAAAUUCAUCAUAAUCACAGAUAUUUUUGGGUCUAAGAUAUUCAUAUACCAAGGAUGGUUUUGUAAAGAAUUCUGGGAUCAUUGAAUUAAGGAUUGUGGCUUGAAGCAACUAAAGAAAAAUACUAAUUUCCUUAAAAGGAAUUAUAAUUAUGAUUUACAUUUUACAUCAUUAAUUUCCCAAAUUAUAUUUAACCGUAAGGAGGUGCACAUGAGUUUUUAGCAAACAGGUAUGAAUAAGCAGCUAUGUAUAUGUGUUUGGGGCAGAGGGGAGCAGAUUACUUUAACACACUUCAGAAUUAAAAUCAGUUCGUUUCAUGACUAUGUGCCUUAACGUUUGUGUGAACUAAACUUGCUGAUUGAAUGAAAUUCUUGGGAAGCCGAACAGUAAUAGCAGAAAAUGUGACCAAAUGAGUAUCAUGUACUUAAAUCACUGAAUUUUAUAUAAGCACAAGUAUUAAUUUUAAAAACAUUAUAGUUUAAUAAAGCUGCAUUUAAAAAUAUUUGGGAGCAAAGACAAGCAUGCUAAAUCUUCAUUUUGCUAUGGCUAUAAGCAUAUAUUUUUGGCAACUUAUUUGCAAUAUUCUUGCCUUAAAGUUUCCUGCAAAUUUCCCCUUUAGUAAUUCCUGAAUAGCACAACAUUAAUAUUCCAUGAUUAGCUCUACUGUGUUGUCUCACUAUUAAAAUGGAAUUCGUUUUUUCAAAUCUUUUCUAAUGGUUAAUAAAACAAAUGUCAGAUCAUAAUAACA